UGGUCUUAGACCCCUGGUCUCAAGUGAUCCUCCCACCUUGGCCUCCCAAAGUGCUGAGAUCACAGUGCCCAGCCCUCGGUGGGUAUUUUAAAACAUCAUUACAACAUGAUGAUGACACCUAAAACACUGAACCAUAAAAGAGCCGUCAUAAGCAGUUGAGUCACUUCCCUGCUCCAGAAUCUUCCAAGACUUUGCAUCAUCUUGGAGGGAAGCCUGGAGUCUUUGAGGUGGCCGCUAAGGCCCCUUUGCAGUGUGGUUCUGCCCUCUCUGCCCUUCUCCCUGUCCCCGGGGUGCACUGGGCACUUGUGUCUUGGUGCCCACCCUCCCCCAUGCCCGCACGUUGGUAGGAGACUCCUACCUUCUCAUCAUGGUGGUCCCUGCCCACAUGUCACUGUCUCGGAGAGGCUUCACCUGAUCCUUUUUUCCAAAUGAGCUUCCACCUCAGGGCUCUGCAGAACCUCCCUUUCCUCAUAUUUCUCCACUGACUACUAGGACCAGAAGUAAACUGUGACCCGGCCCUCCCCACGCGUGUGAGCUCCCUGGGCGGGAGGGCUCCCUCCAUCUCCCGCAUGACUGCGUCCCCAGCACCCAGAACAGAGCAGAGACUGGAAUAUCACAGGUGCUGAGUAAAUAUUUGGCCAAUAAGUAAAAGCCAACAGCGUUUGGCUUUCUUCUGAUCUCUUUCUGUGAUGGAAAUACAUGGAGGUUUGCAGGCGGUGUGGGCUUCCUUCCUGUGUUGAGGAGGCAUCUUCCUUGCACCCCCCUCUGCACGGAAGCCAGGAGUCAGGCACUCCUUUGUCCCACCUCUGGGAGCAAGACCCGUGCCUGACCACUUGGAUGCUCCUGAGGAAAGGACCCAGGGACAGCAGUCCUCUCAGGCUCUGGGCAGGGACCCUGCUGCUCCACGUCCCUUGGCCAGGUUCUCUUAUCUUCUUGUGAAUUCUGGAGCACCCCAGGAUCCUCUUAGUGUUCUGUCUGGAGCAGCCAGCCAAGGUGGUGGUGUGCGGCUGCCAAGGAGGAGCUGACUGAUGGAGCGGAAGUGCAGGCAGCCUAGGGGGAGAGCAGCCUCACGCCCGUCAGGUCCUUGCACACCAGGAUAAGAGCGGGGACAGGCGCAGAUGCACCGUGGCCGCCUCAUUUCCCUCCCAUUUGCAUUCACUUCCUCACUGCGGGGCGAGAGGGCCCCAUCUUUCCUUCUCCCCUCACCACUGCCGGGCCCUGGGUCAGCACCUGGACCCCUUCUCCACUAUGGAUUCCCUUCCUGCCUGUUCUCAGACCUGAAACUGCACAGCCAAACAGAGUGAUGCCACAUGCAUGUCCCUUGUCCCCACCUUGGCCCGUGACCCCUUCAGGCUGCCCAGAGCCACUGUGAGUUCCUGGCCAGCCUCCUGGGGACCUCAGCAGACUCCAUGCUUCCUGCUGCUGAAGCCUCUGCACUCCCAGCAAACAGCCACCCCCACUAGACAAACGCAGUGCUCUCACAGUUCUCACCUCCCUGCUGCCCACUGCACCCUUAAUUCUGGAUCCCGGCAGUCCUGCCUCUCCCAAAGCCUUCUGCAGUCAUCUCUUAACCUUGUACCAUUUGCUUUUUGUUCACUAGCUUUCUCUGCAGCAAAUAAAUGCGUUCCUGUGUCUCCUACCUUAAAACAGCCAUUCUGUCUCCACCCACAUCUCCCUCUCGCUCCUGCCUCCUGCCGCAGUUCCAAACUUCCUCCCCCAGUUCUCUCUCAUGGCUGCGUCCUGCCCACCCUCAGGCAGGUUGAGUGCUUCAGAGCAUCAGAGAGAGCUCUCACUGUGGGCGAGUGAGGCCAGAACGUCUGGAAGGGGGCAGUCAAGGCCCAGUCAACCUGGAGAUUUCAGAAGGGCACCAAAUCUGGAGGAACAAGAGGCAAGAUGAAGGUCCCGUCCGGAGCCUGGGCUGGAGCUGGAGGCAGGCAGCAGCGGGAAGGCGGCUUCGAAGCCAACUCAGCCUUGUGGUCAUUGCUCGAAUGCUGGGCCAGCAGGAGACACUCCCUCUCUGGCAAGAGAAGACCCAGCUGUCCUCGCUCAGCCGGCUCCUGGGCCUCAUGAGGCCAUCAUCUCUCAGGCAGUACCUGGGCUCUGUGCCCUUGCCGCCCUCCCAGGAGCAGCAGCCAAAGGCUAGUGCCGACCUGGACCACAAGGCCUGCUACCUGUGCCACAGCCUUCUGACGCUGGCUGGGGUGGUUGUCAGCUGCCAGGACAUCACUCCAGACCAGUGGGGCGAGCUGCAGCUGCUGUGCAUGCAGUUGGAUCGCCACAUCAGCGCACAGAUCCGGGAGAGCCCCCAGGCCACGCACCACACCAUGCUCAAGGACCUGGCUACCCAGACCUACAUCCGCUGGCAGGAGCUCCUGACCCACUGCCAGCCCCAGGCCCAGUACUUCAGCCCCUGGAAAGACAUCUAAAAGAGCAGGGUCAGGGCAGCCCAGGGCUCCUGGCUCCAGCAGGAAGUGAACAGGCUCAGGGAACUGGAGGAAGCGAAGCAUCAAGGCCAGAGGCGGCCCCAUACUGACCAGCCUGAUGAAGCAAGAGCCUGCCUCUGCCACCGCCCCAACACCCUUUCCUCUCAGCAAGGGAUGGGCUUCUCUGCCUCGCCCACCCCUCAGCCCUCUCCCAGCCGUCUCCUCUUCCCCAAGGCCUCUGUCUCCAUAGCUCUGGUUUCCCUGGGCCUCCGUCCUCCCCACCCUCCUUCCUCUCUGUCCCUGUCACUAAUGUGAGGUUUCUUUGUGCACAUUGAAGUCUUUCAGCAUCA